AUGGCCCCGCCAGGAGGGGUCUGCGGGCACACGGCCCUCGGGCGCGGAAGCCGGCCGGCCGAGAAGUCCCGGGCGUGGGAAACCCGCCGGUUCCGGUUGGCUUUUCUCUCCGAGUCCGCGCCCCGACGGCCAAUCGCGCCUUUUCCUGAAAGGCCCCGGGGCUUCCUCUCGGGAGAGGGGCACGGGGCCGGCAGGGCGCGCCCUCGGGGGGCCGCUCGCCGCGCUCCGGGCCGCCGGGCCCCAGCCCAACUCGGGACACCACGGACCGUGGCGGGGGAGCCGGACCCCGCGCGGCCGACCCCCGCGUCCCCCACCGGCUCGAUCCCACACGCGCCCCGCGACCCUCGGGCAGCCGGCCACCGACGGCGCCGCGCCCCGGGGCUCCUGGCAGGUGCGGCCGCCGCGGGGACCCCGCCCCCGCCCGCUGCCCCCGCGCCCGGCUCCCCGCCCGCGCCGCACUCACCGCCUGCACCGCCGAGGAGCCGGGAGCUCUGA